UUAACUUUAGAAAGAAAAGUGCCAUAUCGAAAUAUAAAAGUUUAAGGUUAAUAUUCGUACAUAUUUUGCGAUGCCAGGUGGACGUACGUUAACGGAACCUCAAAAAGCAGCUCUCAAAGAUGCUUUCGAAGACAUUGAUAUCACGAAUUCGGGUAUGAUAAAUAAAUCCGAGCUAAGAGCAGCGUUACAGUUGACUGGCCAGAACCCAACCAUGGAGGAAAUGAUCACAUACACAGAACGCUUGGGUAAUGGCACUUUUACGUUAGCCGAAUUUAUUGAAUUUGUUGAACAACAUAUACCUUUCAAAACAAAGGAAGAGAUCGACAAAGAGCUUACGGAGGCGUUUGAAAAAUUCCGUGAUGACCGCGAUCUUUCUAUAAGUAAAGAAGAAUUUCAAAAAGUGAUGACCAAACUUGGUGAUGAACCUUUAACUGAUGGCGAUGCAGAGACCUUGAUAGAAAGUUUGAAAAAUAUAGAGAACAGCGGGAAGUAUAAUGUUACAGAGUUAUCUCGGUUGUUCAUGGGGUGAAAAACAACAAAAGAACAGUGUCAAGACGUUUUUGAAAUUAUUUCAACAUGCUGACGCACAUAAACAUUGGCACCUUGUAUUUUAAAUUUCGCAAACAGUUUGAAUAUAUUAUUGUUAACACAUUGA